AUGAAUAAUCCAACAAGUAGUUGGAUUGAUAUUGGAGAUUGGGUGGUCUCAAAGAGAGAGAUCUACAAUAUGUCUUGGGAUGUUGACUUUGAAAAGAAUAUAUUGGUUGCUGCUCCCAAUGGUGGUCCAAUCGCAGUAACCCGUGAUAGAACUAAAGCAAUUGAAAUCACUGCUCAAACUGCCAAACCAUAUCUAUUCAUUUAUUCUGCUUCUGGUAAACUUAUAUCUUCAACAAUACUAAAAGAAAGUGAAUGGAAAGCAAGUGUAGUUGGUAUGGAUUGGGUUAGUCAAGAACGUUUAGUUAUAGUUUUAUCGAAUGCAACUGUUAUAGUUUAUAAUAUAUUUUGUGAAGAGAUUAGCAAUAAUUCAUACUCUAGUAUUAGAGAUGAAGUAAGAGAGGUCAAGAUAUUCAAUAAUGGUGUUGUCUUCCUCACUUCAGUGUAUCCAACAACUGGUGGUCCACCAAAUGGUCCACAAGAUCCAAGAAUGAACAACGAUAGAAUGAAUAUGAGUACUGGUGGUGGUUGGCGAUUCUAUUAUAUUGAAUUAUUUAGACCUGUACCAGUACAAUUUGCAGAAAUACAUGAAUUGGACGGAAAUGUUAAACCGGCAUGGGAUAUUGUAGAGCCACAUAUGACAGCCACCAGCAUUUUGGAUGUAGAGUUGUUCGUUGCUACCAGAGGAUCAUUGUUUAGAUUGAAUUCUUCGGAUGCCAAGAAUCAAUUGUUGUCACAGAACUUCUUAAAGAUCGUUGUCAGUCCGUGUGGUAACAAGAUGGCAUGUCUAUGUCCAUCUGCAGCACAAGACUCUAUUGAUCUCUACAUCUAUCGUACCGAUUGCUCACAACACAUCAAAUACACCAACGUUUCCAAACGUAUUCCACACACUCUUAAAUGGUCUGGUUCCGACGGUGUAAUGAUGGGUUUCUAUAGUUCACUUAAAUAUUUUGAAUCCGGUUGUAAUACGAUUGUUACAGAAGAUAAAGAAUCAACUGUUCCAUUAUAUUUGGUUACUGAAAUCGAUGGACUUAGAAUCAUUUCUUCGAGAACAACAGACUUCUUUUGCAAGGUUCCAGAUGAAACAGUAGAUAUUUUCACAAUUGGUUCGGUUACACCUUCUUCUUUAUUAUAUACUGCAACCGAAGAUUUCCUUAAUCAUAGUCCAAAAGCAGAUGAAUAUAUUAGAGGUAUUAGAAAUGAAUUGGAUAUGGCAGUCAAUACCUGUAUUAUUGCAGCGGGUUACGAAUUCAGUCGAUCGGAACAGAAUAAGUUGUUAAAGGCAGCAUCGUUUGGUAAGUGUUUCUUGGAUAGCUACAAUCCGGAUCUCUUUGUUCACACCUGCAAGGCAUUGCGUGUGCUCAAUGCCGUUCGUCACUUUGAGGUCGGUAUUCCGUUGACUCUACAACAAUACAACUACAUGGGAGCAGAGGGACUGGUCCGUUGUCUCAUCGAGCGUCGUUCACAUCUCUUGGCCUGGCGAAUUUGCGACUACUUGAAGAUAAAGGCUGACUUUGUUUUGAAUCACUGGGCCUGUACAAAGGUGCGUACCAACGAAGACGAAGAAGUCCUCUCUCGAAUUAUCAUCAACAAGUUGCAGUCGGCACCGGGAAUUUCCUAUGCCAAUAUUGCUUCCGCUGCAUACAGUGUCGGUCGUCAUCAUAUCGCCACAAAGCUGCUAGAGUACGAACCAAAGGCUGCCGAACAAGUUCCACCAUUGUUAACUAUGAAACAGCGUGACAUGGCGUUGAACAAAGCAAUUGAGUCGGGUGAUACCAACUUGGUGCAUUUAGUGCUGCUCAACUUGGAGCGUAACGAGAGAAACACCUAUUUGGACACUGUUUUCUCAAAGAAGGUUGCACUCGACCUGCUUCUAUCUUUCUCGAAACAAAAGGGAAAUCUCGGACUCUUGAAAGAGGUCUAUACCAUCAAACAACAAUCAACCGAACUUGCAUUGACAUUUAUGUAUGAAGCAUUCCGUUCCGGCGACUUGGACCAACGUGUCAAGUCGUUCGGUAUGGCAGUGAAUGCAUUCAACUCAUCAAAGGACAAAGAUAUUCAUCUCUAUGCAAAACUCACUGAGGACCAAAUCAAAUUGGAACUUCUUCAGAAGGAGUUGGAAACAUCGAUGCCCGAUGCUUCUUUCCUCGGUCUGUCACUUGCCGACACUAUGUACCAGUUGGUGUUACUCGGUGAGCAGAAGCGUGUCAGUAAGAUCAAAUCCGAGUUCAAAGUGACCGACAAGCGUUUCUGGUGGACCAAGAUCAAAGCUCUCUCCAUCUCUGGUCAAUGGGAGGAACUUAAUAACUUCUCGAAAGAGAAGAAGUCGCCCAUUGGAUAUGAACCAUUUGUAGAGGUCUGUCUCGAUCAAAACCAACAAGUCGAAGCACUCAAAUAUAUUCCAAAGAUUCAAGACACUGUCAACCGUUGCCAAUCUUACAUUCAAGUUGGAUAUUUCCGUGAAGCUGCAGAGACUGCUUUCAAAGAUAAGAAUUUAGAUCUUUUAAAUUUCGUAGCUAAAAAAUGUACAAAUAACGAAGUAGUAUUAAAUUUAAUUGAUCAAAUGAGAGCUCAAUUGUCAAAAUAA